CACGCCUUCAUGUCUCUUCCAUCUGCAGGAUUCUGAUCUUUUCAUUCUUUGACAAUUCCAUUCGUUUACUGACGGCACUGGUGGCCUCAUCCGUUCUCUGCACUUUUUCCAUACUUCGACCUUCACUGUGACACAUUCUUUUAGCUCAUUCUUCGCACCAUCUUCACAAUGCAGGUUCUGAGCACUCUGGCGAUUCUCCCCACCCUGGCUCUGGGAGCUGUACUCCCGGCUGCGCUGCAAAGUGGCACCAAGAUUAUCAAGCGCGACUCCUGGGGUGGCAGUGUCUCUUUGGGUCCUACCAAGUCCGACAUCAUCAAUGCGGUGACCACUCUCAUUCCCGGAACUGCUCCGUCGACCCAGAACGGCGAGCUGUUCCUCUGGCCUGGUAUGAGCAACAGCACGGGCGACCUCAUCCAGACUACGAUGGAGAGCUGGGCCAGUAACGCCUGGUGCGGAGCCACGACCGGCCAGUGGUGUGUGCGCGCCAGUAUCUUCGGCUCCUUCGGCCAGCUCGACGGCACUGGCUCUCCGGUCAGCGGCGAUGAUCAGGUUCGGAUCGAGUACAACCUGCUCUCGGACGACAACACCUGGGUGCAGACGGUUACCAACGCCGUGACGGGGGCUGCCUUGUCGAACUAUUCCUAUCCCGCUGGUCCCUACAUGACUGGCUACGGCACAGGCACGGAGUGUGACGAUGACUGCACGGGCACGGUGGCUGCACAGUUCUACCUCAACACCACCAUUACUCUGCGCGAGGCAGAUACUACCUUCGGAGACACCAUCGCGACCGGUGCGGGUGCGACGUACACCGGACUGAGCUCCAGCGAGGGUGGCAAGGUGUGGACGAUUGCUACCAUCAGCGUCCCCGCCAUGGGCUCGGAGACUGCGGUGGCCUCCUCCACCUCGACGGCUACCGCCCACGCCACCCCGGUUGCGACAACGGUCGCUGUCGCGGAGGAGUCCAGCACGGUUGCCACUUCUAUCCCUGCUGCGGCUUCUGGUGCCGCUUCCUCCGGCCAACAGUCGCAGCAGCACCAGGGUCAUCAGGGUCAAAAGGGCCACCAGGGUCAAUCCGGCUCUGGCGAGCAGGAAUGCUUCUAAACGCACCUUAACAAGCACAUUUCCCUGGCGUGAGAGCGCCAAUUCGCUUC